AAACAUUCUGACAUACUGAACAUAAAUUAACACAAUUGAUUAUCAGACGGAAGAGGGGAAAUAGUGAGUUUCAUCAUCGUGAAUGACAUCAGGGAGUUUCCGCUUCACAGCAUGGUUACUUAAAAAGCACUACUCCUCAAAGUCGGCAGCCAGUAUCUCCUCUGUUCACUGAAACUGUCACAAGGCAGCCAAGCUAAUAUGCACCUCUUUCUCGGACUCCCCCUGACUCUAUGUGCCUUGAGCCUUGUGAGCCCUGCACCCAUGCCGGCAAUGUGGAGAGACAUGCAGAAUCCUGCCUUCGAGAACGCUCUGGAAAACGGGCACAGCCUUAUCAGCAAGAUCCUCAACGACACUCCUGCAGCGCACAAGGCUUGGAUCCAUACUGAGAGUCUGUCUCUGGACGGCAAUGACUCAGGCAAACUCCAGUACCUGAAGGAGGUCCUCAAUUUAACCACAGCACCAGCUCUCAAACCCAUCUCGGACAGCUUAAACCUGGGCGAUUGCUUGGGUCAGAUAGCUGAAGGUCUCAGGUUACACCAAACUUUGCUGACAGUGGUCAGCAACCUGGCGCUCGUCAAGCCUGAGGAGGUGGAUGGACUUCUGUACGACAUCCGAGAUCUUCUAAUACAGGUCAAAAAGAUGCAGAGCCAGACAGGAGUGACAAGCGCCCCAGAAACCCAGGAAGACCUGAAGAGUCAGUUGCAGAAGAACCUCGCUCCUCAACUAGAAGAUGAAUAUACGUCACAGGUAGCAGCACACCUGGUCCUGCUCCACCUGCGGGAUUUCAGCCAGGACGUCAGCCGAAGCUUCCGGAGCAUGCACUCGAUCUUAUUUCCUGACUCGGACAGCCAGACGACGGUGGCACUGAACUGAUUGGUCGAGCUUAUUAGGGGCUGCAGGAAAAGGACAGUUGUAAAGGGAUGUAAAGGGGACGCCGCCUUAUUCACCGUUAGCAACAUCGGUACAACACCGCAUCUUGUGUCUUGUUUACUUUUAUACGUAACAUUUUUUUCACAUACAAACCGAGAACCACGUUAGAAGAAACACUUUUUUUUUCUUUUGAUGUUUACUCAAACUGAGAAAAAAUGCAUGACCCGUUACGCAACUGUGAGCAGUAGAAACAAACACAAAUUCCUCACAGUCAUUUGAACACCAUUCUGAUCUCUCCAAGUGAAGAAACCCACUGUGUGUUGUGUCUUAUCAUGUGAUGAAAGUGUGAUGAAUGUAAGGAUGAUGAUGAUGAUGAGUGUUUUCCAGGCCAGCCUUUCUAUUUUUUUCUUCCCUUUUUUUCUUCUCAUACCCACAAGUUCCUGCCCCUUCUUGAUCAUCUGAAUCAGGCGCACUACGUAUUUAUUGAUGCAAUGAAAUUUUGGUACAUUGUAUUUAUUAUUAAGUUAUUUAUUUGUAUUUAUUUUUUUAUUUAUUGUAUUAUUAUUAUGAAGAUGAUGAUGUUACAAUUAAUGUUAAUGCCAUGACUAUUUAUCAUGUUUUAUUUUUAUUAUCACCGUUUGACUUCUGAGUCAUUUCGUGAGUUGCUGCUGUGUCACUUCCUAAACGUUCUAUUUAUGAGAACACUCCUUGCGCAACAUUAUCUUAUGUUAGGAAGUUUAGUUUCUGAGGAAAUGCACACAGCGGUUUUAUUGAUCAUAUAUAUAUAACAUUUUUUUUAAUGUUAUAUGUUUAUUGAAAAACAAUUGUAGCGCUGUAUCGUAGUGCAUCAUAUUGUAUGUUUUAUUUUUAUAACAAAAACAAAUAAAUGCCAAACACUUUUUAAAAACCCAA